AUGGCUGCCGUCGUGGCAGAAGUUCCUAUUGUUGCAGAUGGUGAAUUCGUCGUGGGGAUGGAAUUCAGUUCUAGGGAAGCUGGUAUUAAGGUGAGAAAAGAGUAUACCCUCCGAAGAAGUGUAGACUACCGUGUGUAUGAGUUGGAGCCGUUGACAUUUUAUGCCAAGUGUACACAGUACGGGUCAGGGUGUAAUUGGCUUAUCAAAGUUAGCAUGAUCAGCAGAAAGUAUUGUUGGGUUAUAAGGAGGUAUAACGGCAGUCACACUUGUACCAGAGCAACCAUUUUUCAGGAUCAUUUGAAGCUGGAUUCAAAUACAAUUGCAGAAGCCAUAAAGCCGUUGGUUGAGGCUGACCCCUCGUUAAAGGUAAAAUCAGUUAUUGCAGAAGUGCAAUCGAAGUUCAACUACACCGUCAGUUAUCAGAAAGCUUGGUUGGCUAAGCAAAAGUCAGUAGAGAAAAUAUUUGGAGGUUGGGAAGCAUCAUACGAAGCGUUGCCCAUAUGGUUUGAGGUCAUGUGUCAUAAGGAGCCAUCAGCUAUCGUCCAUUUUGAGACUAUGCCUGCAUAUCAAGGCAAUGACUUGGUGGAUGGGACUCACUUGUACGGAAAGUAUAAGGGUUGCCUGUUAGUGGCCGUUUCCCAGGAUGCUAACAACAAUAUAGUCCUGAUUGCAUUUGCUAUUGUGGAGGGAGAGACUUCUGAUGCGUGCUGUGCACGCAGUAACGGAGCUUGGUCACCUCCUAGAGCUUUCCACAUGUUUUGCAUCAGGCAUAUAGAGUCGAACUUUCUGAGGAAAUUCAAGGCACUGUACCUGCAAAAGCUUGUCGUCAAUAUAGGAUAUUCGAGGACGGUUUGUGAGUAUGAAGUGCGUUACCAGCGUUUACGAGAGCGGAGCGAGGCGUACACUAACUGGUUAAACCGUAUUCCCCACGAACAGUAUGCGUUGGCAUUCGACGGUGGUUACCGAUGGGGUCACAUGACAACUAAUCUAGUGGAAUGCAUCAACUCAGUCAUGAAGGGUGCACGCAAUCUCUCCAUCACUGCACUUGUGAAAGCAAUAUUCUACAGACUUACAGGAAACAUCCAGGUUAAUUGCUUCGAUAGGCAGAAUGAGGUCUUUCAAGUGCCUGAGAUGCCAAGUGGACUGGAGUAUACCGUCAACCUCCGUCGUCAACGAUGUGACUGUGGUGAGUUCCAGGUGGACUGGAUUUCUUGUCGGCAUGUAUUUGCAUGUUGUGCAAAUCAACGACUAGAUUGGCAAGUGUAUGUGCAUGACGUUUAUAAGAUAGACCAAGUUAGACGAGUUUAUCGAGCUAGGCUUAGGCCACUCAGAAAUCCUACUACAUGGCCUUCUUACAAUGGUCCUCGAUUUGUACCGAAUUCGUACCUGAGACGCGUUACCAAAGGUCGCCCCAGCAUGACGCGCUUCUUGAAUGAGAUGGACACACGAAUGCUACGUCGUCCUAGGCGAUGUAAGCAAUGUGGGGCUGAGGGACACAGUCGUAGUAGAUGCUGUCAGGGAGGUGGUUCAAGUGCUGACAAUAAUGCGCAGUGGAUUUAUAUGAUAUUUGAAAGGAUGUAA